AUGGACCUGGUCAACUCCACCGUUGGCGCCCUGAACCAAACUCAGGAUUAUUUCAGUGUCUUCGAGGAGGUCUCCAAGUACAAUGUUAACCUCAACUAUUUCGAGCGUCUCUGGGCAGCGUGGUAUUUAUAUAUGCAGAACGAUACCCUUGCGACCGGCAUCAUGAGCUUCGUCAUGCACGAACUUGUCUACUUUGGCCGCUGCCUGCCCUUUAUGAUUAUGGAUAAAAUUCCCUACUUCCACAAGUACAAGAUCCAAAGCCAGAAGAUCCCGACUUUGAAAGAACAGUGGGAUUGUGCCGCCAUUGUCCUCAUCAGCCACUUCACCGCCGAGCUUCCUCAGAUUUGGGUGUUCCACCCCAUUGCUACCUAUUUUGGCAUGGAUUACGGCGUGCCAUUCCCAUCUCUCCUGAAGAUGGCCAUCCAAAUUUCCAUCCUAUUCGUCAUGGAGGAUACCUGGCACUACUGGUUCCAUCGAGCUCUGCACUACGGACCUCUUUAUAAGGCUAUUCACAAGAUGCACCACACCUAUUCUGCUCCAUUUGGUCUGGCCGCCGAGUACGCUUCGCCUAUUGAGACUAUGCUCCUCGGCAUGGGUGUCGUUGGUUCUCCUAUUAUUCUGCUCUCCGUCACCGGUGACCUUCAUCUCGUCACCAUGUAUGUCUGGAUCAUCCUUCGUCUCUUCCAGGCCAUCGAUGCCCACAGCGGCUACGACUUCCCCUGGAGCUUGCGCCACAUCCUGCCCUUCUGGGCCGGUGCCGAUCACCACGACAUGCACCACGAGAAGUUCAUUGGAAACUACGCCUCCAGCUUCCGCUGGUGGGACUUUUUCCUAGACACCGAGGCCGGUCCCGAGGCCAACAAGAGGCGCCGUGAGCGAAAGCUCAAGGCUAUCAAGGACGCCAAGAAGGAGAAUUAA